AUGUCUGGGUUUGAUCAACAAAAAAUAGUUCCUAUUUCUGGAUCUUUUAAUGAGAACACCGAAGAUGAUUUACUAAUACCACCAUCAAACAAUAUCCAAACAAGUACCGGAAAUCUUUUAAAUAGAAACCAAUACUCAAUAGACUUACAAUUUGAUGAUGUCAAUAGAGAAAAUACUUAUGGAAACAACAGUUUUGCGAAUUCGAAUGAAGUUGAACAAGAGACACAAAUGGAUCAAGAACCUAGUAAUAGAUUUCAAUCUCAGUCAUAUGAGGUUCAAAGAACUAAACAAGAACCCAGUACACAGGACAGUCAGCUUCAAAAAACAAUUCGAUUAUGUAAUGUAAAGCUUUUAGUUCCUCCACUUAAUUUUGCAUUAGUAGCCGAAGAUGUUUAUCGAUCUGGACACCCUUUGGAAAUCAACCACCCAUUUAUUGAGAAUUUGAAUCUCCGCACAAUAGUCUAUAUUGGAGAUCCACCCUCCAGCAAAGACAAAGGAAAGGACAUUAACAGUGUGAAGAUAUUUCAGCGGUAUCAAGAAUGGGCCAAAGAGCAAAAUAUUCGUCUAGUUCAUUUUCAUCAGCCUUCGGCAAAAGAACCAUUUCGAGAAAACAACAAAGACAUUAUCAAAGAAGCACUCGAAAUUAUUCUUGAUACCAGAAACUUACCAGUACUUUUGAAUUCAAACAAAGGAAAACAUCGAAUUGGCGUCCUCAUUGGCGUUAUGCGAGUUUUACUUCAAGGGUGGUCUCUUGCAACAACAUUUGAUGAAUAUAUUAAAUUUGCAAAUGGUAAAUCAGAUGCUGAUUUGGAAUUUAUUGAACGUUUUAAGGAAGUUAUCGAGUAUGAUUCUGAUUUCGCACCUCAAUGGCUUCGUAAAGCUUAA